AAAGGGCCCCCCUGCAGCCCUACAAAAGGUGAUGCGGGCGCCUUGCCAGGCCAGCCGGGCGGAUGGGGCGGUAGCAGGAGGCGCGGAGUGUGUCUGUACCAGGCCAGCCAGGUGCCCCCCUGGGGACGCCGCCCCCAGCCCGCACCUCUCUGCAAAGCAGUGGGACUGGAGGGAGCGUGUCAGCAGAGGAUGCCCAUCCUCGUCUCGCCCGACAUCGCUGCCCGGUUCAAGGAGAAGUGGCUGCUGCUGCACCCCGAGGACCGGGACAAUGCAGAUGGGGCUGUGACCUUGGAUGACAGCCUCACCAGCCUGCAGUGGCUCCAAGACUUUUCCAUUGUCACCGCUGAUCCCGAGAGACCACCUGUCCCCAGCUAUCCUGUCCAGCAGCCUCCCCAGCAGCUCUUCCAAGGGUCCGAGGCCCCGGCCAGCCCACCAGCAGGAGACACUGCAGCCAAGGGGAUGCCCCCGCGUCUAGGCAAACCCACCUCCACAGCCACCUCCCCUGGCACCAGCUACCUGCCUGGCCUCGGCGCCGGAGAGAUCGAUUACAAGAGCAACCCUGGGGUGAAACCCCCUUACUCCUACGCCACCCUCAUCUGCAUGGCUCUGCGGGCCAGCAAGCAGGCCAAGGUCACCUUGUCAGCCAUCUACAGCUGGAUCAUGGAGAACUUCUGCUACUACCGGCACGCUGAGCCCAGCUGGCAGAAUUCCAUCCGGCACAACCUGUCCUUGAACAAAUGCUUCCGGAAAGUGCCGCGGCAGAAGGACGAGCCAGGCAAGGGGGGCUUCUGGGAGAUCGACCCUCAGUACGCCCAUAUGUUCGUCGACGGUGUGUUCAAGCGGAGACGGCCGACAGCCGCACCCUACAGCCCACCACGGCAGCGCCCUGCCGUGCCUGCCCUGGAGGCUGAGUGCAGCCUCCUGUCCCCCAUGCCCCACGUGGGGGAUGGGCAGCCAGGGCACACUCCUCACCAGGCCACCCGCUGCCUGCUGCACCAGCACAGCCAACGCUGCCCCCUGCUGGAUGCCCCCAGCCCUCUGCCGAAGCGCAGCUGCCCAGCAGCCAGAACUGCCCAGUCCCCUCUGCUGCCCUCUAGUGGCAGAGAUGCAGAGGCCCUGCGAGGAGAAUUCGACUGGGCCGAUGCCUUUGACGACGUCUUCCGGGGAAACGGCAGCAAUUUUGAGGACCUGGAUAUUAACGCAGCACUCAGCUCGUUGUCCAUGGAGAUGGACCUCGCCAUGCAAGGCAGGUACAUACCCCCUGCUGGCAAGUGGGGUGCCCCGGCUACCAGUCACCCCAGCCCAGGGGCUUCCCACUGGGAGGAUUUCACCCCCUUCGCCGACACCCCCCGGCAUCCCUGGGAGGAGGCGAGGGGGGAGGCGCUCAGCAACCCCUGGGGCUUUGAGCAGGGCUUCAACUUCUGUGAUGGCUUCCUCAGUGAGACGCAGCCCUGGGACAAAGUCGACACCUUCAUGUGAUCCUCUUCUCUCCUCUGGGGUGGGGCCCCUGGGCUGCAGCGCCCAGCCCCCCAAGUGAUUGCUCUUCUGACUGCCCCUCGCUCAGCUGAGCUGGAGCUGAGCCCUGCCAGGUUGCCGAGGUGUGAGCGUUCCCCUGCAGGGAGCGCUGGGCCCCUGCCCCUCUCCUACCCCCUGGCAUGAAGGCAGGCUCAGUCCCUCCUGCUCUCCCAAGCACUACGUGGGCGAGGCCCUGUCCCUCCCCGACUGCCAGUGCCCGCAGCUUUCUGAGCCCUUGGGCAGGGGUCACACUGGACGUCCAUCUCCCGCCCCCCCCAGCAAGCUAUAAUGCCGCAGCCCCGUGACUCGGCUGGGAAGUGACUGUUGCAGGGCCAGCUGGACCCUGGCCCUGAGCCCCAGGAGGCUCUGUGCCCCGUCAUGGCCCCCAGGCUGCAGGGGAGGCCAAGGGGGCAGCAGCUGUGGGACAAGACCAUGGGGGGGGGGCACCUGAGGAACCUGCCGGGGAGGGAGCUCCGUGAAUGGCAUCAUGCCCCAAACAGGCCAGGACGGCCCAGGGCAGGAGGGAAGAGCUGGCACCAGAGUUGCGUAGCCUGCCCAAGCAACACCGCUCUGGGUGACCUGCUUCCUUGGGCUGGGAGGGGCCUCUCCUGGUAUUGCCCCAGCCUGGCAGAGGGAGGGGCUAGGAGGGAGCUGCCCUGCCAUGGGGUGAGCCCUGCUGCCAGGGCCCAGGUAUUCAGCGACUGGCAUGGAGACCCAGCUGCUCCUCCUGCUGGGAGCUGCUGCUGCCCAGCCAGGGAGGGGCAUGAGCCGGCAGUGAAAUCCCCUCCUGCACUCCCCCAUUGCGGUAGCUGAGCCUUGAACUGCAGGUCUGCCAGGCACCCCAAAGGUGCCUCCCCUGGCUGUGUGGCUCCAAGCCAGGGCUGGCUGCUCUGCACCUGUGAGGGAAGCACCUCGCUCUGCAGCAGGGCCCCAGCCACCUUCACCUCUCCCCAGGAGCACUGGGCCUCAUCUGGGCGGGCUGCUAGCAGCCUCCCCUCCCCCUCAGGGCAAAGAUGGCAGAGCUCACCCUGCCUUGGGAGUGGCCUGUGCUACCCUCUGGAGCAGGAAGCCAGCGAGGAGCAGAGGCAAACGGGUCAGCUAGGUCCUGUUCCCUCCUGCCUCUGCCAUUAUCCUGCACUGUGACCUCGGGCAUGUGCAGCUUGGUGCCUUAGUUUCCCUAUGUGUGAAAUGAGAAUGAUGCUGGGCCCCCUUGUCACGUAUAUGAGUGAUACUGUUACUGUCCAGCCUGCCCCAUAGGGCCAGGCUGGCACCGCCCCACUUCAGCAGAACAUCUCUCUGAGCCACCUCUGGUCUUAGCUGAGCACAUGAGUCAGUGAGCCUGAGUUUACACUGGCCACAUCCUAUGUGGGGCUACAGGCCGGCCCGAGCUCCCAGCGUGUCCUGCUCCAGCCAGGGCUCGGCAGCAUGGUGGGAUGGCCACACAGUGAAGAAAGUGGCAGUGGGGAGCCAGCCUGGGUUGUAACUGGGGCAGAGGGGAACAUCGCAAACUCUCCGAAGGGGGGCCCUGCUGCCACCGUGCCGCAGCUCUGCGAGAUGGUGCAUUCUGGGAACUGGGCAGCUGUCCCAUGGCACUGCCAGCCCUGAGGCCAUGCACUGAGCAGUGCCAGUAGCAUGCAGGACAAGGAUCUUACUGCUGGGAGGGACGAUGGUGGCAACGCAGGGCCACUUAGAGACCUGCCCAUGCUGCAGAAGCAGGGUGCUGCAGGGAACCCCAGGCUAGCCAGCAGCUGGGGUGAAGCACUGUCAUCUGCCUGGCUUACUGACCAAGUAUGAACCCAGCUGCCCCCAUGCCCUGAGCUGAACUUUCCCAGGCACCCCCAGGGCCAGCACCACCCACAGUGCAAUUGCAGCUGUGGCCCCUGGCAGGCUGGGAAACACCAGUCAUGUCAGGGGGCAACAUGGCUCUUGCUGCUGCAGGUCCCCUUUCCACCUGCUCGAGCCGCUGGAGCCGUGCUGCAGGCUGGGAAGGGGGCAGGGUUGCUCGAAGGAGACAGAGGCUAAAGCCAGCGGCGGUGAAGGGUCCGAGGGCUUGACCCUGCUGGUGCUGCCAGCUCCUAGUGCUUAUUGUGAACUGUCCACCGGUGCAGUCCCCACAGCUGGGGCUGAGGUGGCCUCACUCAACAGCUCCUGGGAGAUCCAGCUCCUGUCCAGGGCCCAAGGGGGCCACGCAGGGAGGGAGGUGGGAGCUGGGUUGAGGAUGAUCGGCUUAGAGCUGUUAUCCUUAGCUAGCAAUGGUACUAAGAGUAAGGAUGUAAAAUACUAAAUGGUUAACUGGUUAACCGACCCCAACCGUUAGCCCCAGCCCCAUGGGCCAGCCAGCCAGAGCAGCCCCAGCUGCAGAGGCCCCAGCCCCUCUCCCUUUUAUUGGCUAACUGUUUAAGUGACCUAAUUUUAAUCAUUUAAACAGUUAACUUUUUAAAUGGGUAUUUACAUCCCUACUGAAGAGGGAACAGAAGCAGCGUGGGAGAGGGAGAAGCUGUGGCUGUGUCCCCCAGAACGAUUCAGCUGGCAGCCCAGCUCUGCAGGGCCAGGCCGCAGGCGUUCUUGGAGAUUUCGAAAACAAAGCACAAAAUCUCAGUGGAUCUGUGUAGUCUUCUCAAACCCAUGCCUGAGCACCCGGAGGGCAAAUGAGCCGGGCUGAAGCACGUCCUUGUAGCCUUUAGCCUGAAAUCACUGGGUUUGCAAUGGCCCUGCAACCUGGCUGAAAUUGUAAACAUGCACAUGCAUAUUCACGCGUGUCAGAAGAGUCCGACUUAACG